UUAAGCAUUAUGCUGAAUUCUUUUUAGAGAAGUGGAUUUUUAAUGAAGAAUUUUAGCCGAAAAUAUUUUCCAAAUUUAUUUAGAAAAUGUAUUUAUCCAAGGAAAGUAAUUUAAGCAUUGUAGCAGGUAACUAGAAUCUGUAGAAUGAGAACAACUUUCUCUAAGAAAAAUCAAUCUUCUUUAUUCAUCAAGUGGUCUCAGGUGCCCUGUGUGGGGUGGGGUCUUUGCCAAUGCCACAGUUACGCAGGCUGCUCAGAGAGACACUGGACCUGGCAACCUACUGCCCAGCUAAUUUACAACCAGGUGACAGGUGGUGAAACUAUGAUUUUGUUCUUUUUAAAUGGUUCUUUCUUUCCCAUAAGUGCUGCUUUUUGGAAAGGUCACUUUCGUUUUCUUUGGGAAAAUGAGCUUUUUCUUUCUCUCCCAAAUGCUAAGUUGAUGCCCUUCUCCAGAAGUCUUCCUAUUAAUUGAGUUGGCCUGAAGGUCAUCAACUAUAAUCAAUAUGAAGGGUUGCUGCGAGGUGCUAAUUGACACUCCCAAAGAGGAAUAGUGUCAACAAUCAAUAAAGAGGACAGAGCACUGGUAGAUUUAUGGCUUGGAUUUUGAAAAGGUAUGGGAAUGCCCAGUGAUGUUUUCCUCCCCCCCGGUACUCCUUUUGAAUGUUAAUGCUUUCUUGAAGAUGAUUUCAGACACACUGCUAGGAUACUGCCUCUACUCACUGAAGCAGAAUCCUCUGAAGAGUUGCUGAGGCAGAACUGAAAUCAUGGCUCACCUCAAAGAAGCAGCAGUAUUGGCCGUUAACGAUGCCUCAUACAGAAAGACGGUGCUCCUUUAACUCGGGGUUUUAAUGGGAAGUUUCUAAGCCUGAAACAACAGCUUUAGACCUGGGGUGUGCCAUCAACUGCCUUGCAGCUACCACUGUCUACUGCUUUCACACAGCGUGGUCGAGAAGAAUGGAAACUAAAGAGGCUCGUAACUACCUGUAACUGUUCCACCAGGACAUGGAUCAAGUGUUUGUUCAGCCAGAGCCAGUGUUAAAAUUAGACUUUAUUUCCUGAGCACCCACAAAUGGACCUGACAAAGGGAAGACACAGAUGUACUGUGUGAUGGGGAACGUCCGUCAGGAUUAAAAUACGGCCAUAACUCAGCCUCUCCAGAGUGCAGCCACCAUGACCUCUGCAGAUUGAUGAUGGAAGAAAAGGAAACCAGGAUAUCCCGUGCUCUGGCUUCCCUGGACCAUGGAUGGAGGACAGCCCAUCCCUUCAUCCCUAGUGCCCCUUGGGAACAUAUCAGCAGAUUCUAGCAUGUCCCUGGAGCAGAAAACGACAUUUGUUUUUGUGAUUUUGUUGUUUAUCUUCUUGGGCAUUCUCAUUGUCCGGUGCUUCCGGAUUCUUUUGGAUCCAUAUCGAAGCAUGCCAACCUCUACCUGGGCUGAUGGACUUGAAGGCCUGGAGAAAGGGCAGUUCGACCAUGCCCUUGCUUAGAAGGGAUGGCGCAGGAUCUCCUCCUGAGGAGAUGAAGUGCUUCGUGUCUUGGCGAGGAUUCCCUUUAUGUAGUGUUUUCAACAAAUCAAAUUUAAACAAUGUUUGGUCCCAGGAUCAUAAUCCAUUAUUCCAUAAAUAUGCAGUUGGAUUAAAGGCAUUUGGGGAUGUUGGAAAUGGACAUUUAUAUAACUAACCCAAAAUAAGAAGGUUUAAAUUUUUAUGUUUGCUCAAUGAAUGCUCUUAAACUUGUGUGAUUGUGAAACCAAGAGCAUCAAUACUGACAUAGAUUUGCCAUCAAACACACACCACCUGAUCUGACUAAAGUAUAAAAGACUAGAAAGGAUCUCAUAUGAAUCUGGUGACAAGAUCAGGAAGAGAUUUCCUUGCUCUAAUUAUGUCUAUAUUUGUUUUAUUUCAUGCGCAUCUAUCUGGGUCCUGAGCAGAAUGAGGAAGAUUGCGCUGAAUGGACCCAAAGUAGUUCCUUGUUUUCUCCUAAAGCAGGGAGCACUGGGAAGCAAUGGCAAAGCUUAAGAGAUGGUUCUGUCCUUGGUAAAUGUGAGUGAGAAUUGCGUUUAAGGCUACAGAGUUUUAAAAACUAUUUACCAAGCCAACUACAUUAUAUGUAUUCAUAUUAAUAACAUGUGUAGAGGUAGCUAUACAUUACUUGAAUUUACUCUUUACACAAAUGAUUUAAAUAAUAGGCUGCAAGUGCAGCUUCAAGUUUUUUUUUUAAUGAAAAGUCAAUUGUUUAGAGGAGAAGACUUUUAGUCUUCAGAGGGAUGUGUAUUUAUGAUUGUAUAUAGUCACCAAAUAAAACUUUUCAAGAAACA